AUGACGAAGCAUGGCUCGCGUUCCACCACCUCCCUACCGCCGGACCCCAUGGAGAUCAUCCGGAGCAAGGCAUGCUCCCGUCGAGUCAAACUGAACGUCGGGGGACUGGCCCACGAGGUCCUGUGGCGGACCCUGGACCGCCUGCCCCGCACACGGCUGGGUCGACUCAGAGACUGUAACACUCACGACUCACUCAUGGACGUCUGCGACGAUUACAGCCUGGACGGCAACGAGUACUUCUUCGACCGUCACCCGGGAGCCUUCACAUCCAUUCUGAACUUCUACCGCACUGGCAAGCUGCACAUGAUGGAAGAGAUGUGUGCGCUCUCCUUCAGCCAAGAACUGGACUACUGGGGCAUCGAUGAGAUCUACCUAGAGUCCUGCUGCCAGGCUAGGUACCACCAGAAAAAGGAGCAAAUGAACGAAGAGUUGAAGAGGGAGGCAGAGACCCUGAGGGAGCGAGAGGGAGAGGAGUUUGACAACACAUGCUGCGCUGAAAAGAGGAAGAAGUUAUGGGACCUGCUGGAGAAGCCUAACUCCUCUGUGGCUGCCAAGGCAGUGUCAAGGCUGAUUCCUGCCGUCAUUACUCACUGCUGCCUUACUGACUGCCGUUGUCUUCGGGAUAAUGAUGCUGUGUUUGCCAAUUUCUCGGUGUCUCACAUCUUCGAGAUCCUGGCCAUCAUCUCCAUCAUGUUCAUUGUGCUCUCAACCAUCGCCUUGUCACUCAACACGCUUCCCGAGCUUCAGAGCCUUGAUGAGUUUGGACAGAGCACGGACAACCCCCAGUUGGCCCACGUGGAGGCCGUGUGCAUUGCCUGGUUCACCAUGGAAUACCUCCUGCGAUUCCUGUCCUCGCCGAAGAAGUGGAAGUUCUUCAAGGGCCCCCUCAACGCCAUUGAUUUACUGGCCAUUUUGCCCUACUAUGUCACCAUAUUCCUAACCGAGUCCAACAAGAGCGUGCUGCAGUUUCAAAAUGUGCGCCGAGUUGUGCAAAUCUUUCGAAUCAUGAGAAUCCUAAGGAUUCUCAAACUUGCCCGGCAUUCUACCGGCCUGCAGUCUUUGGGGUUCACCCUUAGGCGGAGCUACAAUGAGCUCGGCUUACUCAUCCUCUUCCUAGCCAUGGGCAUCAUGAUCUUCUCCAGCCUGGUUUUCUUUGCUGAGAAGGACGAGGAUGACACCAAGUUCAAAAGCAUCCCAGCUUCUUUCUGGUGGGCUACAAUCACCAUGACCACCGUAGGUUACGGAGACAUUUACCCCAAAACCCUCUUGGGUAAAAUCGUAGGGGGGUUGUGCUGCAUUGCAGGAGUCCUGGUGAUUGCUCUUCCCAUCCCCAUCAUCGUCAACAACUUCUCUGAGUUCUACAAGGAGCAGAAGAGACAAGAGAAAGCCAUCAAGCGUCGGGAAGCCCUGGAGAGAGCCAAGAGAAAUGGUAGCAUCGUUUCCAUGAACAUGAAGGAUGCUUUUGCCCGAAGUAUAGAAAUGAUGGACAUUGUAGUGGAAAAGAAUGGGGAGACCCUCGGAAAGAAGGACAAAGUUCAAGAUAACCACUUGUCUCCUAGCAAGUGGAAGUGGACAAAGAGGACUCUGUCUGAAACUAGCUCUAGUAAGUCCUUUGAAACAAAAGAGCAGGGGUCUCCAGACAAGGCCAGAUCUUCCUGCAGCCCCCAGCACCUGAAUGUUCAGCAGCUAGAAGACAUGUAUAAUAAGAUGGCCAAGACUCAGUCUCAGCCAAACCUCAACACCAAGGAGUCAGCUCAGCAGGGCAAACACCAGGAAGAACUUGAAAUGGACAGCAUCCCAGGUCCUGUGGUGCCCCUCCUGCCUGCACGCACAGAAGGGGUGAUUGACAUGCGUAGCAUGUCCAGCAUCGAUAGCUUCAUCAGCUGUGCAACAGACUUUCCAGAAUCCAGCAGGUUCUCCCACAGCCCACUGGCAUCCCUCUCUAGUAAGACAAGUGGCCCUGUGGCCCAGGAACUCAGCUGGCGGGGCCCUCCAGACUCUGGCGGGAGCAGGUUGUCAGACUCCAACCCAACCCCAGAUGGCAGCCAACGCUCUGGCUUCUUUAUUGAGAGUCCCAAGAGUUCCAUGAAGACAAAUAAUCCAUUGAAACUCCGGUCACUGAAAGUCAACUUCAUGGAAGGGGACCAAGGCUCACCCUUACCUAUGGGCAGCAUCCUGGGGAUAUAUACAGAUCCUCUCAGAAACCGGGGUGGUGCCACCAUCACUGGCCUUGAGAGUGCUGUGCUCCCAGAUCGAUCCUUGCUGAGCCCAGAAUCCUCCGUCUACACCACAGCAAGUGCCAGGACACCCUCCAAAUCCCCUGAGAAACAUGCAGCAAUAGCAUUCAACUUCCACGAUGCCAGUAUCCAUCAGUACAUCGAUGCGGACACUGACGACGAAGGGCAGCUGCUCUACAGCGUGGACUCCAGUCCCCCGAAGAGCCUUCACAGCAACACCAGUCCAAAGUACAGCAUCACCAACAGUGGGUUCCUCAGGCAAAGAGACAGUGUGCACAGGACGGACAAGAACCACCAGGAGCUUUCUCCCUUACCCACCUCGCCCAAGUUUCUAGGGCAGAACUGUGUUUAUUCCAUGGAAGCAUUGACUGGAAAGAACCAGAGAAGUCAAGAAAAGGGCAAACUAGAUAAUCACAUAUCCCCAGAGGUCCAUGUGCUGCCAGGGGGUGGAGGACAGGGAAGCACAAAGGAUCCAAGCAUCUGA